ACCUUAGUCCCCGCGCUUGUUCUGACACUUCUGACUGCUACACCAGCUGCUGCUUUUCCAGCGCCUGUUUGGGGCACCAAAAAUAAAAGCAAACUGAUAAUAGGAUUGGCCAAUAGGACAGAGGUGACACAGAUGAUGAAUGAGGAUCAGGUGAACAAGCUCAUCCAGCGAUGGGGAGACACUCCUGAGGACAAUCUGAAACCAGAGGACUACCAGCAGUUCAAAGAUUUAGCAUGUCUCACUCAGGUAGACAGCGAGUACUUCCUGACACUCCUUCAAGAUGAGAAAAACCAGAGUAUGGUGAAAUCCAUGGGCUGUGUUCUCUUGACCCCUCUCAUGGAGAAAGUACUGGAAAAGGACAAGAGUUGUGACCAGAUCCAGGCAGCCAUCACACACGUGACCACAACGUGCAGACCUCAUAAAGUCCUGGAGAACUUGAUCGUAGUCGUCGAAGAUGCUGAUCCAGACGCUAUUUCAGAGACAUUGGUGGCAAGUGUCCCACAUCUGCAGACAGGGUUGCUGAGGCUGGAGGAGGGUCGAGCUUCCUCACUGGGCACGGUUCUGUCCGUUCUGCACAAGCAGCUGACUCGGCUGCCGGUGCCGUACACCGAGCAGCAAGAGGCGGAUGAUGAGUUUGGUGUUUGCCGCUGUUGCACCGCCUUGACCUCUUUCACCAAGCCCUUCCUGGAGGAGGUGAGGAGCAAUGGUGGGAAUCACCAAGAGAUGAAGCUGGAACUGCUCAACUUCUGCAUUCGGAGCCUCAGGGAACCUUUACUUGAAGCUGAACUGACUCCACAAAGAGACUCCUCCCCCUUGUGGCUCUUUGCGUCACACAUCAUGGUCACUUUAGAUGCCAUCAAUCAGUCCAUCACAGAGCUGCUCUUCUUCAGCACAAAACAGAGAAACAUCCAGAUGGACAAAAGUCAGUUAGCAGAGUCCAAAGGCUGUCUGGCGUAUCUUCUGUUUGUCAGGCUCCUGGCCCUGGAAUGCAUCCCGACAGUGCUCAGUCCAGAAUUUAUUCUUCAGUGCAACGUGGAAUACGUCCAUCAGCUGCUUAGCAGCAAAAGGGAGUCCCAUUUACUCAAAGGACUGGCACUGUUUGAAAGAUGCUUGGAGAGAGUGCACGACAACAGCUUGGCAGUCAACCUGCUGGAACUGAAGAGCUUCUACCAUGUAAAGCAGAGUCUGCUACAAGUCGUGACUGAUUGUCCCAUGCAACACCUGAGAGAAAGUGGCCAGAAGGUUUUCCAGCUGCUUAUCCACAAGUUAGAAGCUGAAGCAAAGCACAAGUUGUUUGGAUGGCUGCUAAAGAGCAGCAAGCAUCCAGGAGUGGAAUGUUUCAUUGUGAAGAACAUUCAAAAUCAAGUGGAAUCCUCCAUGAAGCUGGGCAACGCCACAGGAUGGUUCUUAGGGGCGGAGCUUCUCUCGCUGUUGGGCCUGGUGUUAACGUUAGCGAAUGGUGCAGAGACUGAUCUGCUUCACAACAAGGACAAGAUAAUGGCCAGUCUGAACCUCCUGUGCUACCUUCUGAGCAGAGACAAAAGGCCAGAGCGUCUACUGGCACAUGCCUUCAAAUCUCCACAGUGAAACCAGGGGAUUUAUCCAAAAGAUCACCAGAGGUGCAGCAUCAGGUGCUGCAAAGUUCUCUGGUGACCUUUGACCUAAUGGAGAGCCUCAUUGUCCGCACAGAGGAAAAGAUCCCCCAACAAACUGCUUUAUUUGUGUGAGCAAUAAAACAAUAGCAAGUGUGAAAGAAGAAGGUUUAGAUGAAGUGUUUGAGCACGUCCCACACAGGGCUUCUUUCCAGGAUGUGAGUGCGAGCCAGAGCCAUGUGGUCCUGGAUACGCUCUACAUGAGGCUUGCUUGUGGCCUGCGGAUUAAGAUGCAAUAUACUAACCUGUGCAGGUUUCCCUCUCCCUACUCUCUCACCUUUGCAAUGGUCAGCAUUCCUUUGAGAAUGUCUGUGUUGUUUCGCACGGGCAAGACCCUGGGAUUGCUGCCGAAGAAGCUGGAAGAAGACAAAAGAAAUAAACAAGUGGAACCUCCAUUUAUGAACUGAAUUGGUUCUUGAUCAGGGUUCGUGAAUAGAAGAGUUUGCAUAUUUUAGCACAUUUCUCCAUAGGAAAGUUUAUACAUUUCAAACACAAUGUAUAUUAA